GUUUCUGAGCAAAAUAAGGCACGUUUUGCAUCGCCAGCAGAUUCAUAUCCAACCUCAGGCCCAAUCUCAUCAUCAUGUCGAUGCUACUGCUAAAUUUCCUUUUUGUUCUCCUUAACUUACCAGUGGUCUUGGCUGCCGGCGUUGACCAGUUCGUCUACUCGGGCUUCGCCGGAGCUAACAUCACCAUCGACGGCGUAGCCACAAUCACCCCAGACGGCCUACUGGACCUAACCAACGCCCACCAGAGGCUCAAAGGCCAUGCCUUCUACCCUGCUCCGCUGCGCUUCCUCGAUUCCACCAACGGCACGGUGAAACCUUUCGCCGUCUCCUUUGUGCUCGCCAUCCACCCCAACUACCGAUCCAGCCAAGGCAUGGCCUUCUUCAUUGCCAAGAACAUGGAUUUUUCCUCCGCUCUUCCUUUUCAGUAUUUCGGCGUCUUCAACUCCCAGAACCAGGGCAACUCCAGCAACCACAUAUUCGCCGUCGAGUUCGACACCGUCUUAAACAUGGAACUACGGGACGUGGAUGCCAAUCAUGUUGGCAUCGACAUCAACAGUGCCAUUUCCAUCCAGUCCCACACUGCUGGCUUUUACAACGACAAAACGGGCUCCUUCAACAACUUGAACCUCACCGGUGGCGAGGGGUUGCAAGUCUGGAUAGACUACGGAGGGGAGACGGCACGAAUCAACGUGACUAUGUCUCCACUGGGGAUGGCCAAACCAGCAAGGCCACUUCUCUCGGCCAUCUAUGACCUCUCAACAGUGUUCACCGAGGAGGCAUACCUUGGCUUCGGUUCUGCAGCGGGCAUGGACGGCAGCGGGCAUUACAUACUUGGCUUGAGCUUCGGCAUGGAUAGACCUGCGCCGGCUAUCGACAUCAGCAGACUGCCAAAGCUUCCUCGUGUCGGCCCCAAGCCUCGGUCCAAGGUCCCGGAGAUAGUAUUACCAUUAGCAACAGCCUCGUUUGUCCUCGCCGUGGGAAUUACUAUAUUCGUACUGGUGCGAAGGCAUCGGAGGUACGCCGAGCUACGGGAAGAUUGGGAGGUCGAGUUCGGGCCUCACAGGUUCUCAUACAAGGAUCUGUACUAUGCAACACAAGGAUUCAAGAGCAAUAACCUACUAGGGGUUGGGGGAUUCGGAACGGUGUACAAAGGUGUGCUGCCAAAAUCUAAACUGGAAAUAGCCGUGAAAAGGGUGUCUCACGACUCCAAGCAGGGCAUGAAGGAGUUCAUCGCCGAAGUAGUCAGUAUUGGACGGCUUCAACACAAUAAUUUGGUGCAAUUACUCGGCUAUUGCCGGAGAAAAGGCCAACUGUUUUUGGUGUACGAGUGCAUGCCAAAUGGAAGCCUCGACAAGUAUUUGUAUCACCGGGACAACCCAGGGCUCCCUACUCUGAAUUGGGCUCAAAGGUUUCGGAUCAUCAGGGGUGUUGCCUCUGGAUUACUGUACCUUCACGAGGAGUGGGAGAAGGUUGUUAUUCACAGAGAUGUGAAGGCAAGCAAUGUGCUGCUCGAUCGGGAAAUGAAUGCCCGACUAGGUGAUUUUGGUCUAUCAAGGCUGUAUGACCAUGGCACGGAUCCCCAGAGCACACAUGUGGCUGGCACAGUAGGAUACCUAGCUCCCGAGCUAGCGUGCACCGGAAAGGUAACCCCUCUUAUCGAUGUGUUCGCAUUUGGCAUAUUCAUUCUUGAAAUCGUUUGUGGACAAAGGCCAAUUGAGCAAGAUACACGAGAGGAACAACCCAUGUUAGUUGAUCGGGUGCUUGAGCAUUGGCACAAUGAAUCACUCAGUGAGAUUGUGGAUAGUAAACUCCCUGGUGACUAUGAUGUAAAUCAAGUAUACUUAGCACUCAAGGUAGGGCUAUUAUGCUCGCACCCAUUCAUGGACACAAGACCUACGAUGCGCCAAGUGAUCCAAUACCUUGACUGUGCCAGGACAUCGCCAGAGCUGACACCAAUACAAACCACCUUCGAGAUGCUCGCUGUGAUGCAAAGGGAAGGGUUUGACCCGUACAUCAUGUCAUGUCCUUCCUCCAUGACGGCAUCAAUCCUGUCUGGUGGAAGAUGAAUCCUCGUAAGAUCAGGGCCCUUGUUUGUUGCAUCUCCAAUCUGCACACUGAUUUGCUAAUUUGUGUGGUUCCGGCCGUAAAUUACAAAAUAUGUGUGCAACUAAUUGUUUCUUUCUAGAUAUAUGGGUUGAUAUGAACCACAUACAUACUGUAUGUAUACCUGUCCUGCUUACUAAGUUUUUUUUUCGAUAAAGGAGCAUAGCCCUAGCCUCUGCAUCAA